AUGGCUGAGAAGGACUCGACAACGAAGCACAGCCCUGUCCCUAUUCACAAGAAAUCAGAGGAGCAAGUCUCAACAGCUGGAGCUACUUCAUCUGCCCAAAUAGAGCAAGUCGAACAUGAGUCGGCUGAGAAGGUGGCGCAGAAAGUGCUCCGGGAAACCCAGAGAGCGGAUUCAGAUCCUCAGGGGCGAUCCCCGACAGGCACAAAUGAAUCUCUCGUGAAAGGGCUCUCAAACCCUGGACCUUUGGAUGUUAAUCAGGCGGUUCAACAAUACGGGUGGGAAAUGAGAUCUAAAAUGUCGCAGCAAGUCUACAACGUCAAAGCCGUGCCCGCCCUUCCUCCAGGUGAUUUCGACCUACAUAGGGCCAAGGAGGAAGGUUUCUCGCCAGAUACGCUCAAAUCUGCCAUUGAGCGGUUUUACGCAACGGUAGUAAUUGGGCUCAUUAACGCUUUCAAACAUUUUGUUCGACUGCGUUCGUCGAAAGAGACUCGGCGAACAGCAGCGUUCUGUGUGGUCUAUUUUGCUGCUUGGGUCCUGGACCUCAUAAUACCAACAGCUCUCAGCACGCUGCUCUUGUUAAUUUUUUUCCCUUCAUCUCGAAUCCUACUAUUUCCUCCGGUACCAAUAAGCCUAGUCAGUUGCGAAACUGGAGGUGCUCAACAACCGAAAGCCGGUGUAGUGGGAUCAAAGGGCACCGUCACAGGCGCUCCCGAGAAGUUCAAGGGUGAAGCAGUCGAGCAGGAGGCCAGCAAUUUGGUUUCAGGUGCCUCCCGUCUGGCUUUGGAAUGCGCUGGUGGAAAAUAUGACGACGAAGCACAGGCAGACGACAAAAAGGAAACCUCAUCUUUAGGAGAUCCUGCGAACAUCGUGUCUAAAAUAGCAGAUGCGGCAACGGCUUCCCGUGGCGGUACCCCCAGUGAGGAACAUGACAAGACCAAGGAGCUUAUGAUGGAGAUUAUCCGGGAAAAGGGCAAUACAGAUAACGGCACGUAUCUUGCGGGAUUAGGUUUCUUUGGGGAUCCGAUUAUCAGUAAAGCCACAGAACUAUUGGAUCGAAAGCCACGCAAUCCGACGCAGGCAAAAGGAGAAGGAGGAAAGCAACCAUCCUUAUAUAGUCUCAUAUUUAGAGGUGUACCAACAAACGCUCAACUUACCCUUACCAUCUUUCGAAUUGGAGAAGCGUGCGGCUAUCCCGUCCCAGCUCCCCCCGUUUCUUUGAAAUCAAAAACAUCAGAGUCUGUUUCCAUAGCAGAGGAAGAACUACCCCAGGAGUUCUUAGAUGCUGACAUCAACCCACAACCGCCAGAAGAUUCCAGCGAAACCGGAGAGGAAUCCCCAGCGAAGGCGGAGCGGGAAAAGAAAUCCUGGGAGGAGCCACCGCGGCCGGAGUUGAAACAAAGCUUGCUUAUGAUUACACCCAAAGCCGCUCUAGGGUCAAUGGCUUCGAAGCAGUACCUUGGAAUACUGCGCAAGAAACGCCAAUCUUCACAGUCGACCUCACCCACGACAUUUAGAGCAAGGUACAAGGGGCAGAAGGGAGGUAUCAUCAUCGCGUCGCGUCCUUCAACGGAACCAUUGAUGCUUUAUUUUACCACCGAACCUGGACAACAAUCCAAGGACAUUAGCAUCGAAGAAGGGAAGAAGAAAGGGACUAUCUUGUUUUCAAUUUCAAUUAACGAAAUUCAAGUAUUGAAGAAGAUUAGCGCUUUGGGAUGGACAGAGAAACUGCUUGUGGGAUGGUCAGAGCCUAACAAAGAGGUGGUUGACGGUUUGGUGAUCUUCGGGGAAGAACGCGGAGCAACAGUAUCAAGUCACAGCGAUCGGGCGAAGAGACUCUCUGUUUAA